AAGAAAGAACUCAUCAACAGGUUUAGCUGCAAAACCCUAGCACCUGCCAGUCUCCCCAGCUUCUCUGAUUAACAUCGCAAGGUCCCCUCAGCUUCCAUGGCUAAGGGCACGCCGCAGCGGUGCACUCGUCAGCAGAAAAAUGUUGUUGAUGAGCAGCCGGCGGUCGAAUCCUCGUCGUCCUCCUCAGCACUGCCAACCUCCCGGAGGAAGAGGAGGUCGCCGACGCCGGAGAAGGAAAAUGGUUUCAAUGACGAGGCUCUGGAGACUAGUAGCCCAUCACGGAAGAAGAUGAAGGGGUCCGCUCCAAGCAGAUCAAAAAUUGAUGUGGAAGAAGUGAAAGAGGAGAAAGAUCUGGAGGCGUGUGAAAAAGCAGCUUCUAAUUCCUCGAAGAAGAAAACGAAAGAGGCCUCUGCUAGGAAACCUGUAAAGGUGACUCGUAAAGCUGCGGAACACGACGGAAUGAAUGAGGAUAAUGAUCAAGAGGUGUGUGAACCAGUGCAGAGCUCUUCAAAGAAGAAGAAAGGGGCAUCUGCUAAGCACAACAUGAAAAUUGAGCUCGAGGAUCCGGGGCAAGAAGAGAUAAAGCAAGAGAAAGAUGUAGUAGCGUGUAAACAGCCAGUGUCGAGCUCUUCUAAUAAGAAGAAACGAGCUUCUGUCAAGCAACCGUUAAAGGUAGAAAACAAAGAUUUGAAACAGGAUGGGAUAAAAGAAGAGGAAAAUCUAGAGGCGCGUGCAGAACCAGUGGAGAGUUCUUCUAAGCAGAAGAAAGGAGCUUCUCCUAAGAAACCUUUGGUGAUUGAUGACGAUGAGGAAUCAGUUUGUUGCUUUAUUGGAGAUCCAAUUCCUCUUGAUAAAGCUCAAAGCAGGUGGCCAGAAAGAUACACGAAAAAGAAUGGUGGGCGGAGGUCUAUAUCUUCGUCGAUCUCCAAAAAUGGUGAAGACGAUGAGCCCAUCAAAGCAAGAUGCCAUUAUUCCCAGGCGAUGGUUGAUGUGAUUACCUACAGCCUUAAUGACCAUGUGCACGUAAAGGCUGGAGAUGGCGAACCAAACUUUAUUGGACGAAUAAUUGAAUUUUUUGAAACUCUCGAUGGGAAACUUUAUUUUAGAGCUCAAUGGUUUUAUAGAGCUGUAGAUACAGUAAUAAGUUAUCAUUCCAAAGAUCAUGAUGAACGAAGAGUCUUUUUAUCUGAAGAUCAAAAUGAUAAUGAUUUAGAUUGCAUUGUUGCAAAGAUUACUAUUGUUCGGAUUGCAUCCAAUAUUUCUUUGACUACUAAAGCAAAGGAAAUUCCGGAGUGUGAUUAUUACUAUGAUAUGUCUUAUUCAACUGCCUAUUCCACUUUUGCCAAUUUACCUAAGGAUGAUAAAAGUGAUGUUAGCUCCUUGUCAACUUCAUUGAGUGAUGGAAAUUGUGAACAUGAAGCUCCAAAAAUGAAUGCCACAUUGCUUGAUUUGUACUCUGGUUGCGGCGCAAUGUCCACUGGCCUAUGCCAAGGUGCCAACCUCGCUGGGGUUAAUCUUCUCACUACAUGGGCGGUAGAUUUGAACUCCUUUGCAUGCCAAAGUUUAAGUUUGAACCAUCCUAAAACCAAGGUUCGAAAUGAAAAGGCGGAGGAUUUUCUUACUCUUGUUAGAGAAUGGAAGAAGCUAUGUGAAAAGUUUUCGUUGGAUGUCAAUGAUCCACCAAAGCUAAAUAAAGAAAUAGAUGAUCUUGAUGAUGAAAGCAACAGUGAUGAUUCAUCUCCUUUGCCCAAAGGAGAGUUUGAAGUUGAUCAUUUUGUUGAUAUUUGCUAUGGAGAUCCCAAUAAUAUUGGAAAAAAGGAAUUGAUGUUUAAGGUACGGUGGAAAGGUUAUGGUCCAAAUGAAGAUACAUGGGAGCCAAUUAGCGGCCUAAGGAAAUGUUCUGAGAGGAUUGAACGAUUUGUCCGAAAAGGAUAUCAAAACAACAUACUUCCUUUGCCUGGAGUUGUUGAUAUUAUUUGUGGCGGUCCUCCUUGCCAAGGUAUUAGUGGAUUUAACAGAUUUAGAGAUUCUAAUAAUCCUCUAGCCGAUGUUAGAAAUCAACAAAUGGCGGUAUAUAUGGAGAUUGUGGAUUUCCUGAAACCAAAGUAUGUUUUGAUGGAGAAUGUUGUGGAUAUUCUGAAGUUUGCUGAAGGAUUUCUUGGAAGGUUUGCUUUAAGCAAACUGGUGCAAAUGAAUUAUCAAGCUAGAUUGGGCAUAAUGGCUGCUGGUUGUUAUGGUCUUCCACAAUUUCGGAUGAGAGUAUUUCUGUGGGGUGCUCGACCCGCUGAGGUUAUUCCACAAUUUCCUUUACCUACACAUGAUGUGCUUGUACGAGGUGGAGCUCCAGUAAAAUUUGAGGAAAACGUUGUUGCUUAUAAUGAAAAUCAGAAAGUAGAGCUACUGAAGGCCUUGUUACUCGGAGAUGCUAUUUCAGAUUUACCGAAAGUUGAAAAUAACGAAGGGAGAGACGAGAUGCCUUAUGGAGAACCUCCAAAAACUGACUUUCAAUAUUCUAUUCGUCUAACUUUAUCAGAUUCUAUUGAUCCCUGCUGCAACCCGAAGAAGUCAAUUCUACAUAAUACGCUAUUCGAUCACAGACCUCUACAACUAAAUGAGGAUGAUUACUUGCGAGUUUGCAGAGUACCUAAAAAAAAGGGUGCCAAUUUUAGAGAUUUCCCAGGGGUAAGAGUUGGACCCAAUAAUACAGUAGAGUUUGAUCCAGAGGUGGAACGGGUGCUGCUCCCUUCCGGAAAUCCUUUGGUUCCUGAUUAUGCUAUGUCAUUUAUUAAAGGAAAGUCCACCAAACCUUUUGGGCGGUUGUGGUGGGACGAGACUGUGCCUACAGUUGUAACUCGCGCGGAGCCUCACAACCAGGUUAUUUUGCACCCUGAACAAGAUAGGGUAUUGACUAUUCGAGAAAAUGCAAGGCUUCAAGGAUUUCCAGAUCAUUAUAAACUUUGUGGGCCGAUUAAAGAGAGGUACAUUCAGGUUGGAAAUGCCGUGGCCGUGCCGGUUUCAAGGGCCUUGGGCUAUUCAUUAGGACGUGCGUUCCAAGGCUUGAGCGGCGAAGAACCCAUCUAUACCUUACCAGCAAAUUUUCCACACUUCGGCAUCGCAGCAGGGGAAGCAAUGAAUUAAUGAAUAAAAAAUAAGUAGAAAAUAAAUUAAAUUAUUCUAUUCUAUUUGAAAAAAGAAAAAAACUCCUAUUUUAUCAUUUUAUUUGACCAGAGCAAUGUUAUUCCAUUAUAUUAUAUUGACAUGUAUAAAUGAGGUAUUUU